CUGUGCUGGAGGACUAUGCAGAUCCCUUUGAUGCUACACAAGUGGCUGGUAGCCAGUCAGGACUCGAGAAGGUGAUGGAGAAUGAUGGAUAUAUGGAACCGUAUGAAGCCCAGAAGAUGAUGGCCGAGAUCCGCCAGAAGGGCUUGCGGGAGGCUCCGGCCCGGCCGCUGCACCUCUACGACACCCCUUAUGAGCCCGUGUGUGGAGGGCUGGACACGGAGAGCGACCGCCCGACUUGCCCAAGGCCCAGGGAGUCCCGGCUGCCUGAGGAUGACGAGCGGCCGCCUGAGGAGUACGACCAGCCCUGGGAGUGGAAGAAGGAGCGUAUCUCUAAAGCUUUUGCAGUUGAGAUCAAGGUCAUUAAAGACCUGCCAUGGCCACCACCGGUGGGACAGCUCGACAGCGGUGAAAGCCCCCUGGACGGCGAGGCCGGUGCCUCCGUCCCUCCGCAGCAAGGCCAGCUGAGCUAUGAAGACGCCAACGGGCAGGCAGAGGGCCUGGGGUACAGCCGGACUUCGCCCUGCAGGGAAGAGAAGGCCAGAGCUGCCCUCAGACAUGGGACCAGCAACCUCAAGAGCACGAAGACGCUCAGCUUGGAGCCAGCGCCCUUCCUCGGGGAGAGGAUUGACCCAGCCCUGCCCCUGGAGAGCCAGUGCUGGUACCACGGGGCCAUCAGCCGGACGGAUGCGGAGACGCUGCUGAGGCUCUGUAAGGAGGCCAGUUACCUGGUGCGCAACAGCGAGACCAGCAAGAAUGACUUCUCCCUUUCCUUGAAGAGCAGCCAGGGCUUCAUGCACAUGAAGCUGUCCCGGACCCAAGAGAACAAGUACGUGUUGGGUCAGCACAGCCCGCCGUUUGACAGCGUGCCGGAGAUCAUCCACCACUACGCCAGCCGCAAGCUGCCCAUCAAGGGGGCCGAGCACAUGUCCUUGCUGUACCCGGUGGCUAUCCGUACCCUAUAGUCCUUACCCCCUCACGAGCCUGGCUCGAGGCCGGGUGUACCCAAAGCUGGCCCAUCCUCGGGGCUGAGCGCUGUGAUGCCAAGGAUGAGCUCUGGAGCAGCAGCCUGUGAGCGGCUCCUUGGGCACGGCCAGCGCUCUCUGGGAGUGUUGCAGCCAGAUCCCUUGCGCUCUCGUGGGGUUCCCGGGCUCCUGUUUUUCUUCCAGGCUGCAUAUGGGAGAUGCCCCCGUGCGAGGAGCUGAGCUGGGCCUGAUGCCACGCUCACCAGCUCUCCUCCGGGCAGAGCUCAGGAAGCAAGAACUGAAGCUAAGGCCAUGGGAGAGGCCUGGGGCAAGACGAGUUGAGGGGAGAGCCUCUACCCAUGCGCUGCACGAGGGAGCUGAAAGACCCAGCCUGCAGACAAGGAAGCCCAGAGCCAUCUC